AUGAACAAGAUGGUUUACAUUGUUUUUCUCUUCGCCCUUCUCUUAUCUAUUGUCCAAGCUUCUGUCAAUGAUUUUUGUGUAGCAGAUCUAAAGCUUCCAAAAAGCAAUUCAGGGUAUCCAUGCAAGUCACCUAAUGAAGUAACAGUCGAUGACUUUGUGUUCUCUGGCCUUGUAGCUAAAGACACCACAAAUUCUUCUUUCGGAGCCGCAGCAACCGCAGCAUUUGUUGAUAAUUUUCCAGGUUUAAAUGGGCUUGGCAUAUCUGCAGCACGAUUAGACCUAGCUGAAGGUGGAUCAUUCCCAAUGCACACUCAUCCUGGUGGCACUGAACUAAUAAUAAUGUUGCAAGGUGAAAUGAUUGCUGGUUUUAUUACAUCAAAUAAUGCAAUUUAUUCCAAGACACUGAAACCGGGUGAUUUGUUUGUUAUUCCACAAGGACAAAUGCAUUUUGUAGUAAAUUCAGGUGUGGGAAAAGCAACUUCUAUUAUCGCUUUCAGUAGUGAAAAUCCAGGUGUGCAAAUACUUGAUCAUCUAUUAUUUGGCAACACCUUAUCUUCUGACAUCGUGUCACAAACUACUUUACUUGAUGUUGAACAAGUUAAGAAGCUAAAGGCUCGUUUUGGUGGCAGUGGCUAG